CCGGUGCAGCGUUCGCUAUCAGUCAGUCUUCACGAUGGCGUCGUACGAUCCUGAUCGACGUGUCUGGGGCGGUCCGCGACAACCGUGCAUCUUCAAUCCGCAGUGUAACUUUGGCCAGAUCGUGCUGAACCUGCUGGAGCGUUCGCCGGACAAGGUGAUCCAAAUCGAUGGCGACACGGGACGGGUUAUGACCCGGGCCGAGAUGCGACUCCUGAUCGUUCGGGCGGCGCAGCGUCUCCAGAGGCUCGGCUACGGAGUCGGGGAUAUCGCGUCGAUUGUGGCCGUGAACAGUGUAAAUUUGGCACCGCUGGUGCUCGCGCUGCAAGUGAUCGGCGCCGGAUUCAACGCACUGGCGCCGACGUUCGAUGAAGAUGAAAUGGCGCACAUGAUGCGGCAGACGCAGAGCAAGUUGGUGUUUUGUGAUGCCGAUAAUUACGACACGGUGAAGGCCGCGGCCGGCAAGGCAAUCCAAGGCGAUUAUCGGAUCUAUGUGAUGGAAGGUGCGGACGAAAGUCUGGCGGUCAAUCAGCUGUUUGAGCCUACCGGAAUGGAGCAUAUGUUCUAUCCACGCUACCUGGGUGAUUCCUUCAAACUAAUAGCGAACAUUACCUGCUCAUCGGGAACGACCGGUCUACCGAAGGGCGUUUGCAACUCCCAUGCUCAAACGAUUUCCUGCUUCUGCAAAGUAGCAAACUUUGACGAAGGAAUUUGCGUCAACUUCAGCACCCUCUACUGGGGUACCGGCGUCUACGUACUGAACAUGUCAGUCAUGAACAAUUCAACCCGGCUCAUCACGCGACGACCCUUUUCGGUGGAUCUGUUCUACGAUCUGAUCGGAAAGUACAAAAUCAAGUUCCUCUACACUCCGGCAUCGUACGCGCUGGGCAUCACCAGUGAUCUCCGGGCCAAGCAUACCGACCUUUCCAGUAUUAAAUUUUGGGCACUGGGGGCGUCGCACGUUUCGGAGAGCAUCCGGGAUGCGGUGGAUGAGCUACUUAAGCCGACCGGUGGUCGAUCGUACAAUUUCUACGGGACUUCGGAAAGUGGGUUUGUGGCGGCUGAUUUCUUGAAGAGGAAACCGAAUGCUAUUGGGAAGAUUGCAACGAACAUGCAGGUGCGGAUACUGGAUGAGAACGGACAACCGCUGCAGGUGGGCGAACAUGGUGAGCUGGUGGUGAAGUCAGUUGGAAUACCCUUUCUGGGUUACUACAAGAACGAAGAAGCGUCUCGACAGGCACUCGACAAGGAAGGAUGGUUCCGCACCGGGGACAUUGGAUUCAUUGACGAGGAAGGAUAUCUGUAUUUGGUAGAUCGAAAGAAGGACAUCCUGAAGUACAUGGGCAAUCAGGUGUCGCCAUCGGAGGUGGAAGCGAUCAUUCAGCAGAUGGAUGGAGUGGAGCAGGUUUGCGUGACUGGAGUGCCGAAUGAAUCUGGGACGUCGGAUCUAGUAACGGCAGUGCUGGUUAAACGUUUAAACUCGCCGUUGAAGGCCGAAGAUGUGAUUGAACGAGUGGCGAAUCACCUGAGUGAUCCGAAGCAUUUACGAGGAGGAGUGUUCUUCGUGGAACGACUUCCAAUGACAUCGAACGGAAAAGUCGUGAGAAGAAUGGUACGGGAUAUGCUUCUGCAAGGGAUUAUUAAAAAGUAAUAAACUGUAACUAAAAUAC